AAGGCGUCGGCGCUCGUGCUAGCACGAGCGAGUCGACGACAGUAAAAAGCAGCGGCGUCAUGGGCGAUUUUACCUUGGUCACGGCGAGGGGAUUUUAUAGGUGCUCGGGCACCUCCUCGUCUGUGAGGUCGAGGCCGCGUGGCGCGUACGCCGGCCAUGGGGGCUAUCCUCGAUCCGGCAUGGCUCCAGCUCGCUCUUCGCUUCAAAGAAGCCCGGCGUCACCGGAGGAAAGGACAUAUCAUCACAUCCAACUCCUGCAAUUUUCCUAUUCUUGCGAACCAAAGAAGCCCUAAAGGAGGCCAUACAGUUAAAUUUAGUUUGUCCAAAGUACAAAGGGAUUUCCCGGAUGCCUGCAAAAAAUUGGACGAGGUACUGACGUGGAAAUAUUUGGUUUAAAGAUUGCCAACUACAGAAUGCACAGGGCAUUCAAUUUUGAGUGUUUUGCUUCCGGCGGGGGUGGAUUUGGGACUGAUUUUACAAAUAAGAAAAGAAUUAAAAGCAGGAAGAGGGCAAAGGAUGUUGUGCAGGACCCAAGCAAGGUAGCAUCUGCAGACUCAAAGAACCAGGAACAGUGGGCACCAGAGUUAGGAAUUGGAAGAGAAAACAAAUCUGAUAAAACGGUCAUGGAUAAGAAAUUUCUGGAAAAAGUUGAAGCUGUUCGAAGGUCUGCACUUGAUAAAAAGAAAGUUGAAGAGAACAAAAAUUAUCAAGCUAUUGAUUAUGAUGCUCCAAUUGAAUCAGAUAAGAGCACACUUGGCUUUGGUACAAGGGUUGGGAUUGGCAUAGCUGUUGUGGUUUUUGGACUAGUCUUCACUUUUGGGGAUUUCCUCCCUUCUGGAAGUGUUAGCCCUAGCAAUGAAAGCACUGUGGUUAACAAACAGCUUUCUGAGGAGGAAAGAACAAACUAUAAGAGGGCACUUGAAGGGUACGAAGAAACACUGACCAAGUCGCCUAACGAUCCUACCGCUCUCGAGGGUGCAGCAGUAUCGUUGGUUGAACUAGGUGAAUAUCAGAAGGCCUCAGAUCUACUUGAGAAGCUAGUUAAGGUAAUCCCUGACAAAGCAGAAGCAUACCGCUUGUUAGGUGAAGUAAAGUUUGAGCUCAAGGAUUAUGAUGGGAGUUCUUCAUCAUACAGGAACUCUCUAUCUUCAUCUGACAGCAUUGAUUUUGACGUUCUCCGUGCUCUGACAAAUUCAUUAGUUGCUGCUAAGAAGCCCGAUCAGGCAGUCGAAGUAAUUCUAUCUUGCCGUCGCAAGUUGAGUGAAAAGCGUCAAACCAGGCAACCUGAUUUGGAGGCUGCAAAUGAGAAUGGUGCUCAGGAGUCUCGAGAUAUCGAUCCUAUCCAAGUUGACCUGCUUCUCGGAAAGGCCUAUUCUGAUUGGGGCCAUAUCAGUGAUGCUGUUACUGUUUAUGAUAACUUAAUCACUGAACAUCCUGAAGACUUCCGUGGUUAUUUGGCGAAGGGAGCUAUACUGAAGCAAAAUGGUAAGGCAGGUGAUGCAGAAAGAAUGUUUAUUCAGGCCAAAUUCUUCGCCCCAGAGGCAGCAAAGGCACUUGUUGAUAUUUAUGCACAGAGAUAGUCCACGAGAGGCAAAGGAGGAAAAGCUUUCGUUUGAGAUGUAUGGCAUAUCCGGUGGACUGCCUCACUUCACCAAACUUAAGCUGUCGUGGACUGUUAGCACUUAGGACAUUACAGGCGAGGGCAACAGUCCAUGUUAAGCUUGUACUAGAAGAUAAAGCAGUCCAAGUGAAGGAAGGAAAAACCAAUAGGAGAAGAGCAAGAGUUCGAAGGGAAGGAAAAGAGUUUGAGAAGGGAAGGAAAAGAGUUUGAAAAGGUUUUGGUCAAAGUCUUAGGACGCAUAUAUAGUUCAAUCGGUUAAGUUCAAAGUUCAGUUUGUGUCUGCUAUUCUGUUCAUGUUCUAAAAGGACAAAAGUUACGAAAAAGUGGUUACUCUGCUUGAGAAUACUCCCUUUCAUCAAGUAUGAUGUUCCAUUGAAACACCAAUAUGUAAAAAAGGGUUCAACCUAUUGAGGUUUCUGUAAUUCGCCACCGCCGAAGGUAUCCUAUGUCCAAGUAAAUUGGGUACCUAAAGACUACUCUCACCGCUGAAGCCACACAAGAUUAACUGAUUAACUGGGUUUGCAUUGAGAACCGGGAACAUUUUAUGCUACAAGGAUGUACCGGCAUAACGUUUUAUGCUAUUGUAUAAUUCAAUCACGGGCUUUCAUUUUA